AUGUCUCAGCGUCUGAGAGAGAUGUGUGUGGUGUUCGCAGGGCCGUUGCCUAGCGACUACACAGAGAGGGAUGUGAGGAGGCUGUUCAGCAGCCGUGGAACCGUACGAGCUGUCAGGCUGCUGAACGCUACACAGCGGGUACGUGACCUGAAAAUAAGAUCGCUAGUCCAGGGCCCGUAUCCAUAAAGCGUCUCACAGUAGUGCUAGGGAGGUAGAGUGGAAGGAUAGAGGGAGGGUGGGAGGAUAGAGGGAGGGUUAGAGGUUAGGAGGUAGAGUGGAAGGAUAGAGGGAGGGAUAGAGGUUAGGAGGGAGGGUGGGAGGAUAGAGGGAGGGUUAGAGGUUAGGAGGUAGAGUGGAAGGAUAGAGGGAGGGAUAGGAGGGAGGUAGACGUGGAGGUAGAGGGCGGGCUAGGGGCGGGUCGGUGGCAGGAUAGGGGAGGGCUCGGGUUGGAGGUAGAGUGGAAGGAUCGGGGCGGGUUGCGGUUAGGGGGGGGUGGGCGGACUGCGGGCGGGUUAGAGGUUGGGGUCGCGUGGCCGGUGGGAGGGCUAGGGGGGGUGCGUGGCGGUGGGGAGGGUAGGAGGGAGGUAGGUGGCAGGAUGAGGGAGGAUAGGGGGGUAGAGUGGAAGGAUAGAGGGAGGGAUAGAGGUUAGUACAGGAGGGAACUAAGCACACACCCCUGAGGGACCCCUGUGUUGAUGGUCAGCGUGGCGGAUGUGUUGUUGCCUACCCUCACCGCCUGGAGCCGGCCCGUCAACCUGCUUGAAACAAGUUGGUAUUACAGACCGGCUUAGGUUGAAAAUGUCAGUGAAGACACUUGGCUGCCGGUCAGCACAGUCAAUUUAGCUCGUUUGGUAAGUUUGUGUUGCUGGGUAGCUCGUGGCUGGAUUUGGCUUUGUAGCCUGUGAUAGUUUUGCAAGCCCUGCCACAUCCCUCAAGCAUCAGAGUCGGCGUAGUAGGAUUCGAUCUUAGUCCUGUAUUGACACUUUGCCUGUUUGAUGGCUAGUCGGAGCUCGUAGCGCCAUUUCUUAUAAGCCUCCGGAUUAAUGUCCCGCUCAUUGAAAGCGGCAGCUCUAGCCUUUAGCUCAAUGCGGAUGUUGCCUGUAAUCCAUGGUUUCUGGUUGGAGUACGUACGGUCACUGUGGGGACGACGUCGUCGAUGCACUUAUUAAUGAAGCCGGUGACUGAUGUGCUAAACUCCUCAAUGUUAUCAUAUGAAUCCUGGAACAGAUUCCAGUCUGUGCUUAGUGAAACAGUAGCUUAGCAUCCGCUUCAUCGGACCAGCACGAACACCUGAUUCCACUCAUCAAAGUCUUGAUGAGGACCAGAGUUGUCGACCAGUGAUCAAAAUUACUUUCCUAUGAGUAUAAGUGCCUCAUAAAUUCGAGUUUGACCUUUCACCUGUGACCCUGUGAUGCCUCUUCAGAUGCAUGCAGAGGUAGAGUUUGAGCUGCUGGAGGGAGCUGUGCUGGCUGUAGAGAUGCUCAACGGAACACUGCUACACAACGGACACAUCAUCAAGGUCUGGAUCGAUCCCGCUCUCUCUCGUUUUCUGUUUAUUUGACUCUCUUACUCUGUCUACGUUUCUCUCUCAUAACCCCUUCUCUAUGCAUCUCUGUCUGGUUUAUCUGACUGUCUCUCUGUCUACGUCUCUCUCUCGUAACCCCUUCUCUAUGCAUCUCUGUCUGGUUUAACUGACUGUCUCUCUGUCUACGUCUCUCUCUCGUAACCCCUUCUCUAUGCAUCUCUGUCUGGUUUAUCUGACUGUCUCUCUGUCUACGUCUCUCUCUCGUAACCCCUUCAAUAUGCAUCUCUGUCUGGUUUAACUGACUCUUUCUUCGCUUUGUCUCUCUCAAUCGCUAUCGCUUUCUACCCUGCCUCUCUGUCUGUGUCUCUUUCCCCACUCUCUCUCCCUUUCCUUUUCUCAUAUACUCGUUCUAAUUUCUCCCUCUUCGACCUCUGACCUUUGCUCCCAGUAAUUCACCCUUCUGUCUUGUUGCUCAUGCUCUUUCUGAAUUUAAAUAUUACUGUGUUAUAUCUCUCUCCUGCUGUUAGUUCCAAAGACGUUAAAGGAGUCACGCUGGAUCUACGUCUUUCUGAGUCCUCACACCCGUAAUGCCGCUCACGCCGAGGUAAAGGCUAACGCUAAACCACGCUUGAGCCAAAGUCAAUGGGCUGGCAAUGCUGAAGGAGCUAAGUCAUGAGACGGUAAAGCUAACCAGCACUAAUCAUGGCUGCUAAAUCAACGUAAGACUAAUAAGCUAUAGAGCUAGGCUAUUGUCCAUUCAUUACAAUCUAAAAGGCUAAACUGAUCCUAGAUCCACACUCCUACUCCGAGAGGCUUUAUGAGUACUGGCCCAGGGAUCUCCAAUGGGUGCAGGCUUUUGUUCCAUACAAAUCAUAUUUUAUUUGUCACAUGCUUCGUAAACAACAGGUGUAGACUGACAGUGAAACACUUACUUAUGGGUCCUUUUCCAACAAUGCAGAGUUAAAGAUACAUUUUUGUUUUUAUAUAUAGAAAGUGACACAAGGAAUAAAUAUACAGUGAAUAACGAAUAACAUAGCAUGGCUAUAUAUAGGGAGUACCAGUACUGAGUCGAUGUACAGGGGUACGAGGUAAUUGAGGUAGAUAUGUACAUAUAGGUAGGGGUAAAGUGACUAGGCAACAGGAUAUAUAAAACAGUAGCAGCAGCGUAUGUGGAGAGUGUGAAAAGUGUGUGUGUGUGUGUGGCAUCAGCAUGCGUGUGUGUGUGGGCGUAUGUAGUGUGUGUGCUAGGGUGUAAGUAUGUGUGAGUGUGUAGGUAGAGUUCAGUGUGUUUGCAUAGAGUCAGUGCAAGAGAGUUAGUGCGGGUAGCAAUUUGAUUAGCUAUUUAGCAGUCUUAUGGCUUGGGGGUAGACGCUGUUCAGGGACCUGUUGGUUCCAGACUUGGUGCAUCGGUACCGCCUGCUGUGCGGUAGCAGAGAGAACACUCUAUGGCAUGUGUGGCCUGGGAGUCUUCCUCUGACACCGCCUGGUAUAAAAGGUCCUGGAUGGAAGGGAGCUCGGCCCUAUGAUGUACUGGGCCGUACUCACCACCCUCUGUAGCGCCUUGCAGUCGGGUGCCUUGCAGUUGCCGUACCAAGCGGUGAUGCAGCCAGUCAAGAUGCUCUCGAUGGUGCAGCUUUAGAACUUUGAGGAUCUGAGGCCAAAAUCUUUUUUGCCUCCUGAGGGGGAAAGAGGCGCUGUCGUGCCCUCGUCACAACUGUGUGGGUGUGUGUGGACCAUGUUAAUUCCUUAGUAAUGUGGACACAGAGGAACUUGAAGUUCUCGACCCGCUCCACUACAGCCCCGUGGAUGGGGGUGUGUUCACCCCUCCGUUUCCUGUAGUCCACGAUCAGCUCUUUUGUCUUGCUGACGUUGAGGGCGAGGUUGUUGUCCUGUCACCACACUGCCAGGCCUCUGACCUCCUCCCUAUAGGCUGCUUCAGCGUCGUUGGUGAUCAGCUCUACCCCUGUCGUGUCGUCAACAAACUUGAUGAUGGUGUUGGAGUAGUGAGCGGCCACGCAGUCGUGGGUGAACAGGGAGUACAGGAGGGAACUAAGCACACACCCCUGAGGGACCCCUGUGUUGAUGGUCAGCGUGGCGGAUGUGUUGUUGCCUACCCUCACCGCCUGGAGCCGGCCCGUCAACCUGCUUGAAACAAGUUGGUAUUACAGACCGGCUUAGGUUGAAAAUGUCAGUGAAGACACUUGGCUGCCGGUCAGCACAGUCAAUUUAGCUCGUUUGGUAAAUUUGUGUUGCUGGGUAGCUCGCGGCUGGAUUUGGCUUUGUAGUCUGUGAUAGUUUUGCAAGCCCUGCCACAUCCCUCAAGCAUCAGAGUCGGCGUAGUAGGAUUCGAUCUUAGUCCUGUAUUGACACUUUGCCUGUUUGAUGGCUAGUCGGAGCUCGUAGCGCCAUUUCUUAUAAGCCUCCGGAUUAAUGUCCCGCUCAUUGAAAGCGGCAGCUCUAGCCUUUAGCUCAAUGCGGAUGUUGCCUGUAAUCCAUGGUUUCUGGUUGGAGUACGUACGGUCACUGUGGGGACGACGUCGUCGAUGCACUUAUUAAUGAAGCCGGUGACUGAUGUGCUAAACUCCUCAAUGUUAUCAUAUGAAUCCUGGAACAGAUUCCAGUCUGUGCUUAGUGAAACAGUAGCUUAGCAUCCGCUUCAUCGGACCAGCACAAACACCUGAUUCCACUCAAAGUCUUGAUGAGGACCAGAGUUGUCGACCAGUGAUCAAAAUUACUUUCCUAUGAGUAUAAGUGCCUCAUAAAUUCGAGUUUGACCUUUCACCUGUGACCCUGUGAUGCCUCUUCAGAUGCAUGCAGAGGUAGAGUUUGAGCUGCUGGAGGGAGCUGUGCUGGCUGUAGAGAUGCUCAACGGAACACUGCUACACAACGGACACAUCAUCAAGGUCUGGAUCGAUCCCGCUCUCUCUCUCGUUUUCUGUUUAUCUGACUCUCUUACUCUGUCUCUCUGUCUACGUUUCUCUCUCGUAACCCCCUCUCUAUGCAUCUCUGUCUGGUUUAUCUGACUGUCUCUGUCUACGUUUCUCUCUCGUAACCCCUUCAAUAUGCAUCUCUGUCUGGUUUAACUGACUCUUUCUUCGCUUUGUCUCUCUCAAUCGCUAUCGCUUUCUACCCUGCCUCUCUGUCUGUGUCUCUUUCCCCACUCUCUCUCCCUUUCCUUUUCUCAUAUACUCGUUCUAAUUUCUCCCUCUUCGACCUCUGACCUUUGCUCCCAGUAAUUCACCCUUCUGUCUUGUUGCUCAUGCUCUUUCUGAAUGUAAAUCUAAUGUGUGUUAUAUCUCUCGCCUGCCUGUUAGGUCCAAAGACCUGUAAAGGAGUCCACGCUGGAUCUGGACGUCUUUCUGAGUUGCCUGCAGGACGACCCGCUAAAUGCUAACGUCAUCUACGCCGCAGGGCUAAAGGCUAACGCUAAAACAGCACGGCUUGCAGCCAAAGUCAAUGGGACUGGGCUAAAUGCUGACGCAGCAGCUAAAGUCAAUGAGACUUGGCUAAAUGCUAACGCAGCAGCUAAAUUCAAUGGCACUGGGCUAAAUGCUAACGUAGCAGCACUCCCAGAUAAGGUCAAUAGGGCUAGGCUACACGCUAAAGCGAACCAUUCAGGGCUCUUAGAGAAAGUCAAUGGAACUUUGCUAAAUGCUAAAGCUAAGCUAGCAGAAGCGAAUGGACCCGGGCUACAUGCUAAAGCAAAAUUUGCUAAGCUAGCAGAGCUCUCAGCUGAAGUCAAUGGAACUCUGCUCAAAGCGAAAGCUAUGCUAGCAGAGAUAGCAGCCGAAGCCAAGGUUGGAGCGAGGCUACAGGCUAAGACUGCCGGACUCUGUGAAGAGGACCUCCGUGAGGCCUUCGGACGGUACGGAGCGGUCAAGGGCGUAAUUCUACCUGCAAAGCACUCUGGGAAACAGAAACGUAGGAGACAUGCUUUCUUAAGUGAGUCAAUGCUUCACAUGUACCAAUAUCAUUUAUUUUUUACAUUUUAGUCAUUUAGCAGACGCUCUUAUCCAGAGCAACUUACAGGAGCAAUUAGGGUUAAGUGCCUUGCUCAAGGGCACAGACAGAGCCUUGUCGGCUCGGGGGAUUCGAACCAGCAACCUUUUAGUCACUGGCCCAACGCUCUAACCGCUAGGCUACUUGCCGCCCAUCAUCAAUGACCUGUGUGUAAUUUUAGCUGUUGAAUUUUAGUUGUAUGAUUUCCAAACACGAUAUGCAAUUUGUUAAUAAUCAUAUUAAAGUGUGUGUGUACAAUAUGUGUAUAUUUUCAGAGUAUGAUAGUCCUGACACAGUGGACGCGGUCCUUAGCUCACCUGUGGAACUCUGGGACAGGAAGGUGAGCACCCGCAGAGCCCUGACUCCGCCCCACCUGUGCUCCUGGGUUACUAUGAUGACGACGACUGGGUCCGACAGAGAGACGCCGGACGAGUCCUCACAGGAAACUGGAAGAGAGGAACAGGAAGUGGCGUGUGUGAUGAGGAAGUUGGACCGGCGCGUGGGGAAGCUGUUCAGAUCUCUACCUGACAACACCCUCAGCAUCGUACUGCUGCCUGGGCACAACAGGUGAGGAAAGACACUGACCCAAUCCCAAAUCAUCACCUACGCACUUGUGGAGAUCUGAGAGGCUUGAAUUGGUAUGAGCAAUAUGGUGAUAUCACCUAGCCUAUCAGAGGUCAAUGUGGAGCUAUUACCAGAUCUCUUACACCUGUCAACUCAUCUCAGAUCUCCACAAGUGCUUAGGGGUUGAUUUGGGAUUGGGGCAAAGUCAUGUUAGACACACCAGAAGUGUAUGUAUCCAUUAGUGCACACCGUAGCAAAACGUUUUGCUAAAACAAAAAUGAGUAUCCUUUUGGACGAUGUUUAGUUACGGUAGUCCCUCCCUGUUUUGUCCCUUUGCUUCCACUGGGUUCCUAGUGAAUACACACCCCUGAUGAGGAAAGGGGUUUUCACAGGAUGGGCUGUUGUUUUUCUAAACGGAGAGGGGUGGAUUCUAAUACGCUGUCGGUUUGCUUUUUCAGUUCCCAUGGCGAUGGUCUGUGUUUCCUGGAGGUCAAACAGGGGUCAGCAGCACUCAGUGACCACGCUCACAAUCUGAACACGGACCAAUUCCCUGACACGUGAACACGCUGCCGUGCUUCUACCUGCAUAGGAUUGCAAAAAUACGGCAACUUCCCAAGAUUCCCAGAAAUCCUGGUUGGAGGAUUCUGGAUUUCCUGCUUAUUCCCUCCUGAUUUCGUGAAUCUUCCAACUGAGAUUUCUGGGAAACCGGGACAUUUUGGGUUAACAGUUAAUAUAUUUUUGCAACCCUGCGAUACCGUGUUUUA